AAUUAUAUUUGACAGACAGCUGACAUUUCAAGAAGUAAACAUACAUCAAUAUUUUUAAGAAAAAUACAAUAUAAAAUAAGAUGUCUCUUGGAAAAUUCCUUGCCCUCGAUAAAAUAGCCAAUUUUUUCACCAUUAUCAAACAAAAUGGUGGCAUAAGAGGAUCCUUGUACAAAAUGUACAGACAAGAUGAUUUGAAAGAUGGAGUGUUGGUGGGUCAAGAUGAAUUCGGCAACAAAUAUUAUGAGAAUCCUAGAUUUUUCUUCAGUCGUAACAGAUGGAUUGAAUAUUCUGACAAUUUUAACAUGGAUUAUGAUGGCAGUCAGGUUCCCGCUGAAUGGUAUGGAUGGCUUCAUUACAAAACUGAUUUGCUACCUCAUGAGGACCCAAGCAGGCCUAAAUAUAAAUGGAUGGUGCCAUUCACAGAAAAUAUGUCCGGAACAACUGGACAAUAUACUCCUUACAGCACCACAAGGCCAAAGAUUGAGGCCUGGGUACCUCCGCGUAAGAGCUCUGUCUAACAUCCAUCAUAUGCUUGUUAAACCAAUAAAUCCAUGGCUCCUAUGUAAACAGUUGUAACCCACAAUUUAGUUUAAUGUCCAAUUUUUUAAAUUGUAUAGAUUUUUCUGUUGUUUAUUAGAUUUCCAUGAAUUCUUCUUGAUAAUGUUAAAGUUCUGUCUGCAAUUUGCGUUUUAAACAUACAGUUGUAUACAGGAUCCAUCGAAAUUAGCUUUCAAGCAUUUUAUAUUGUUUAGUUUUAAGUAGCAAGCAAAAUAAAUCAAUAAAUUAUUUAAAAAAUUUA